GCCCGAGCCCGAGCCCGAGCCCGAGCCGAGCCGAGCCGGGCCGGGCAUGCACAGCGCCCGCCUGGACGCCCGCCUCGGCCAGCUCAGCGCCGACGUGCUGUGCCUGCGGGAAGCGGGGGCCGCGCUGCAGGCCCACAUGCACUGCAUGAGGCAGGCUCUGCACGACCUCAAGCGGGCGCAGGGCCCGGCCCCGCGCCCUCCACUGGUGCCUGGGCCCUACUGGGACCAGCGCAGCCCCAACCGCAGCUCAGACGUCUCAGAGGCAGACUCAGCGUGCUGCGUGGAGCCGGGGGGGGAGGAGGACGAGCGAGCUUCAGCGGCCCAGUCCCCCCCCGCCAGCGAGAGGAGCCUGGAGUUUGACUCGGGCUACUCGGAGGUGUCGGGGGGCACGUGGCAGGAGGAGGCACCUGUGCUGCGCCGGCACCUGCAGCCACCACCCUGCCAGCGGGCACACCGGCUCUCUGUGGGUGCCUUCCUCCGUGGCAGCUCAGGCCAGGUGCCCGCCCCGACUCGGAGGGCCCGGCCCAAGUCCACGUCUGACGCCUGCCUGGAGCAGUGGCGGGUGCUGGAACCGGGGGAUGCGCAGGACUGGACCGUAUCGCUGCUGUCACAGAGCCGCAAUCGCCAGCCUCUGGUGCUGGGCGACAACUGCUUCGCUGACCUGGUGGAGAACUGGAUGGACCUGCCAGAGGUGGGAGCUGAGCCGCGGCGCUUGCCUCCCACCGAGCCCUCUCGCUGGUUGGGCAAACCCCAUGGCUUUCUGCUCAACCUCUCAGGCAACGUGCGCCGCAAGCUGGCCAGCAUGGCCCGGCCCCGGGCCACCGAGGGUGCCCGCCCUGGGGGCCGGGACGCUUCGAAGCGCCUCUCCUGCCCACUAGGCUUAGGCGCCCAGCCCAAGGGCACCUACUUCCACCAGUCCCAUAACAACAUUGCGCAGCUGGCCACAGACUUCAACCGCUUCACAGCCCUCAUGAACAGCCGGAGCCGGCAGCCCAUCAUCUGCAACGACGUUAUCGGCUACAUUUAGCCCUACCCAGCACUGCUUGCACCCACUUUCACCACUGUAAAUAAACCUUGUUUUUGUACGGUA